AUGUGGUGUAAGUACAUGGUCCACGAAGAGCGCACCACAAAUGCAGCUGAAAACUGCCACGGAGGACUGAGAAGAAUCCUCAUAAAGAAGCAUCCACCCCUGGCUUCGCUACUCCUUGUCUUCCGUGCGUUCACCUCGGUAGCGAAGGCAACUGUGAAAAGGAUGGAGGCGUUCCCUCACGAAGGAAGAAUCCUGAGAAGAAGAGAUAGAGAACGCAGGGAGAAAGUGGAUCGCGCAAUGGCCACUUUCGAAGAAUUUCGUGGACCAUACCUCACCUCCAUGCAAGUGGGACGAUAUUUGAGAAAAUUGUCGAAAUACACAUCGGACGAGGCUAUUUAA